CCAGCCAUGAGCUCAUUCAGCUGAUGCAGCUCGCUCAUCCCUGGUCCAUCGUUGUUCAGCGCGGAGGAGAGCAUUACCUGAUGUCUUCUAAAUGCCAAUAAGAGCUAUGGUUCCUGUACUGCUGUUGCUGCUGCUGCACGAGACGCUGGCAGGACAAGUGUGUGUCAAUAUCUCAAAUCAUGACCUUAACAUUACUGUGGAGCAUGGGGUUAUCGUGGACCAAGGGAAUUGGAAUCAGAAUUGCACGUCAGAUGGCAGGGUCUGCAUCUUUAUAUGCACAGCCAUCCACAGCACAUGGUUCAAUGGAUCAUCUGAGUGCUUUAACACGUCUGUUAACGUGUCAACUAAUGUCUUAAAAUAUGACAUACAUGGAUAUAGCCAAUGCACACAAUACGUCUGCAACACCUCGAGCAUGUUCUCCUUGAUUGACGACCUGAGACACAGCGGCUCUGGGCAGAACACAAUUAUAAGGCUCUCCGCAGCGAGGGGUGUAUGUUCCAGUAUUUUCGCUGACCAUCGUGACCUCAAGGGUGCCUAUAUACGAGCGGAAAAGGACGCAGUCCAUAAGAUUAUGGAAACUUCCCAGCUUAAGAAUGGAACCCAGGAGCACAACCUGGGGCUGGUGUCUCUAAAAGUCCUCAAUAUCAGUGAGGCUUUUCGCAGUUCUUCAAGCGAUGAUCCUCUCAUUCAGAUAGAACCCCCACAGCUGGACCGCGUGAACACAUCCUUUAUUCCUCAGAUUUGGCUGCCUGUCAAUGCCCUGCACGCCCUCCCAGAGGAUGAGAGGGUUAUUGGUGUGGUCCACUACAUGGAGAAUGGUCAAUUUCAGGUAGACAACGACAUUAUCUCAUCGAUGGCUAUAAGGAUAGAGGUGCUGGGGCAGCGACGCCUGCAGGGUCUCAAUCCCCCAAUCACCAUGAUUUUCAGAGCUCAACAAGAAAAUAUAGAUAACGAGUCACAGUUACUUUGUCACUAUUUAAAUGAGGAUGGUACAUAUCUUGACUGGAGGACGGAUGGAUGUGAAACCCUAAAUGACACAGACAAGAUCAUUUGUAACUGCAACCAUACAACACCCUUUGCUGUCCUGUUGGCGAGAGAUCCAAUUGCUCAAGUCCACUGGAAUAUUCUGUCAAUCUUGAGUAACAUAGGCUGCGGCCUUUCAGCUUUCUUCAGUGCUUUGUCCAUUGUGAUUUACUUAUUUAGCAGAAAACACAAAUUUGACCACUCGAUUAGCAUUCACGUGUCUUUGAGUGGGGCCUUGUUGCUGCUCAAUGUGACGUUCCUGCUGACCAACUGGGAGGCUUCUGUGGAGACAGAGUGGGUGUGCGUGUUUCUCGCAGCAUCCAUGCACUACUCCCUGAUGUGCUCUUUCACCUGGAUGGCCUUAGAGGCACUUCACCUGUACUUCCUGAUGAUAAAGGUGUUCAACACCGACUACCAACACUACAUGCUGAAGCUGUCUGUUGCUGGUUGGGGGAUUCCAGGUGUGAUCGUCGUGACCACUUUGGCAGUGAAGGACGUCAAGCAGUUUUACGGAGUCGUGGAGUUAUCUUUAUCCGAUACAGAUCAAACCAAUGCAAUCUGCUGGAUCACAGACGACGUCUACUUCUACUCCUUAAACGUGGUAUAUUUCGCCAUUAUUUUCCUCUUCAACUCUGGCAUAUUAGUGGUGGUGGCCUCUCGGAUCUGGAAGAUGAGACAAAUCACUAACUAUAAGCCAAAGAGUAGUGUCAAGACUAAAGAGAACCCCCCGCCGAGGUCCAGGGUGUCCUGCAAGACCAGCAUCACUCUGAUGAGUCUCACCUGCCUGCUGGGGACCACCUGGGGCCUGGCCUUUCUGGGCUCGGGAUACGUCAACUACCCCAUCCUCUACCUUUUCUGCAUCCUCAAUUCUCUGCAAGGUUUCUUCAUCUUCUUGUGGAUCUGUCUGUCAACCAAGAAGCAGAGGGAGAGGGAAAUGGAGGAGAAACUCUCAACUCCUGUGAGGAUUUCAGGAACCAAAUCUGAGUAACGGUAGUUCUGUUUUCUGUUAGUCCUCUAAAAAAGAUCAAUAAUAACUUGUCAUGAGAAGAUUAAUAUUAAUAUACCGGUACAUGCAACUGUUGAUCAUGCUAUAAGCUCACAUUUUCCUUAAAUUUCAUUAGAUUUAUAUAAAUUACAAAUAAUCAAAGUAAAUACUUACUUGUGCUUUGAUUUAUUAAAAUUGAAGCCAAUUAAAAUGUAAUUUUUACCAAAUAAAAAACUAUUUACAUGAGCUGUUUCGCCAGGUUUCAUUAAUCAUUUUUUGUAUAACCAGAAGCAGUCAUUGCAAUAACAUUUUUAAAACCUUUUUAUGCAUGUUUGACCUGUGAUGAUGUUGAUGUUCCUGUAGUUUAUGCUUCACAAAAUAGACGUGAAUGUGAAUAGUUAAUUUAAGCACAAUUGUAUAACUUGUAUAAUGUAUAUUUGAUCAUUAGAAAUUAAAGAGAUUUUAAUCCCCUGUUGAAAUAAAAUUUAAAAUAAAUUUA